AUGGAUGAGUACAAAUGUCCAGACUUCCGGGUGCGUUCCCAGGAAGUCUGCGAGUGCCAAGGGCACAAGGGCACACACCAGGUAAAGAGCCACCCUUUUGGCAGCGACUUUGACUCUUACUGCCAGGGUCUUCAGUAUUUGGAUCAACUAGAGAAGGACAAGGCGACGAAGGACCUGAUCCUAAAGCUGCUGCUCAAUCUGCAUGACCACCUGGCCAGCGUCGCAGGCCAGCACGACUGUGGAGACCAGUGGCAUCCCAACAGGAGUCUGUCCAUGAAAGAGGCCUCUGCGUAUCUGCUGACUCAGAAUCAGGAGUUUCAAGGCUUCAUUGAAACUGCUCUGGAGUGGAUCAUCCGGACGGGCCAGGAUGUUGGGAUAAGGCUGACUGGGCAGUUAGCCGACGAUCCGCUGACCGAUGUGUCCGAGAUCUUUCGUCUGGAGUCCACGCAUCCCAAGAUGCCCUUCACAUGCCGCUUCCGCCGAGCCUUCCUCACCGUCAUCAGCAGAGUCUUCCUCAUUGCAGUCGUGGCGGGCUGUGUGUGGAGCGUGGUCUGCUAUGCCAAGUAUCGCUGGAGGAGAGAGGAAGAGGAGACCAGGCAGAUGUACGACAUGGUGGAGAGGAUCAUCGAUGUGUUGAGGAGCCACAGUGAGGCCUGCCAGGAGAACCAGGACCUGCAACCCUACCUGCCCAUCCCCCAUGUCAGAGACUCCCUGGUUCAGCCUCAGGACCGGAAGAAGAUGAAGAAGGUUUGGGAGCGGGCCGCGAGAUUCCUCUCAGCCAACGAGUCCAGGAUUAGAAAAGAGACUCAGAGGAUUGGUGGAGCGGACUUCCUGGUGUGGAGGUGGAUCCAGCCUUCGCUCAGUUGUGACAAGACCUCCUUGAUGCCCUCCAAAGUGUGGCAGGGAAAAGCCUUCCCUCUGGACCGGAGGAACUCGCCUCCUAACAGCCUGACUCCAUGUCUGAAGAUCAGAAACAUGUUCGACCCAGUCAUGGAGGUCGGGGAGAACUGGGACCUGGCCAUCCACGAGGCCAUCCUGGAGAAGUGCAACGACAACGACGGCAUUGUCCACAUCGCGGUGGACAAGAACUCACGAGAGGGCUGUGUCUACGUCAAGUGUCUCUCUGCAGAACACUCAGGGAGAGCCUUCAAGGCCCUUCACGGCUCCUGGUUUGAUGGUAAGCUGGUGACUGUGAAGUAUCUGCGUCUGGACCGGUACCACCAGCGCUUCCCGCAGGCCCAGGGCUGCAGCACGCCCCUGAAGGCCUCCAGCCCCCCGGGCACCACGAACACUACGGCCCGCCCGCAGCACCGCGGCUCGGCCAACUCUUCGGGCUUCUCGUGAGGCGGGCCUCAGCUUUUGGAUUUGUCCUCUGUGCCCUCCCAGCAUGACAGCACCAGUCUGCUGCUGCUCCUUCACUGCUUCACAACGGGAAGACUUCAGUCUGUGUCUCGGGAGAGAGCGCUUCUUUUCUCUGUUUGUUUUCUUUUGUUGUUGUUUUUUUCCAACACAGGACUGCGAGAAAAGCUGUUCAGCUGCGCGGUGUUUGUUUCAAUAAUCUUUGUAUUAAAAUGUCCUGGUUUUAAACAAGGAAGCAAAAGUUCUUGUGGGAUAUUUAAGCCGCGUGC